AAAAGUCCGUUUACGAUUUCCGUGUGUGAAAGAUUGGACAGAACUACCGCUUGAUUUCCUCCGUGGGCAGUUAAGGACUUCACUGGCAGUCCUGUAACCCACGUGAACGUUUAUCUUACAUCUCCUUAUGCGUCUGGAUUGUUGCUGCCAGAUGGGAAAAGAACCUUCUACAGCUGUGAAGUCUUCUGUCUUUUUAAUAACGCAGUGCACUUGGGCACCAGAAGACGCUUCAGUGGCAAUACCUCUUUCACAGUGCAAGUUAUGAAUGAAAUUCAUUAAUUAACAUCCCCCUCCUCACCCUGAUCUCCAAUAGACUUCCUGUAACGCUUGGAAGAAAGAGUCGGGGGAGAAGGGUUGAAGGUCACCAUGAAGCUAAAGCAGCGAGUUGUGCUGUUGGCCAUCCUCCUUGUCAUCUUCAUUUUCACAAAAGUUUUCCUCAUUGACAACUUGGACACCUCAGCUGCCAACCGGGAGGACCAGCGCGCCUUUCACCGUAUGAUGGCAAGCCUCCGUGUUGAACUGGACCCCCGACUUGACCAUACCUUGCAGUCCCCUUGGGAGAUUGCAGCUCAAUGGGUGGUGCCCCGGGAGGUGUAUCCCGAGGAGACACCGGAGCUAGGGGCUGUUAUGCAUGCCAUGUCAACAAAGAAAAUAAUAAAAGCUGAUGUGGGAUACAAAGGGACCCAACUGAAAGCUUUGCUCAUACUUGAAGGGGGACAAAAGGUUGUCUUCAAACCCAAAAGAUAUGCCAGGGACUAUGUUGUGGAAGGAGAGCCGUACGCUGGGUAUGACAGACACAACGCAGAAGUGGCGGCCUUUCACUUGGAUAGAAUCCUGGGUUUCCGACGAGCUCCACUGGUAGUUGGCAGGUUUGUGAAUCUACGUACAGAGAUCAAACCAGUUGCCACAGAGCAGCUUCUGGGUACCUUCCUGACCGUGGGUAAUAGCACUUGCUUCUAUGGGAAGUGCUACUACUGUCGGGAAACAGAACCAGCUUGUGCAGAUGGGGAUAUCAUGGAAGGGUCAGUGACUCUGUGGCUACCAGAUGUCUGGCCUCUCCAGAAGCAUCGGCAUCCGUGGGGUAGGACUUACCGUGAAGGGAAACUUGCCAGGUGGGAAUAUGACGAAAGCUAUUGUGAUGCUGUGAAGAAGACUUCGCCCUAUGAUUCGGGCCCUCGUCUCCUUGAUAUCAUUGACACUGCCAUCUUUGACUAUUUGAUCGGGAAUGCUGACCGGCAUCACUAUGAGAGCUUCCAGGAUGAUGAAGGAGCCAGUAUGCUCAUCCUCCUGGAUAAUGCCAAAAGCUUUGGAAAUCCUGCCCUGGAUGAAAGAAGCAUCCUGGCUCCUCUUUAUCAGUGCUGUAUCAUCCGGGUUUCUACCUGGAACAGGCUCAAUUACCUGAAGAACGGAGUGCUGAAGUCUGCCUUAAAAGCUGCUAUGUCGCAUGACCCCAUCUCACCAGUGCUUUCCGACCCUCAUCUGGACGCCCUAGAUCAGCGGCUCCUCAGCAUUCUGGCUACGGUGAAGCAGUGCACAGACCAGUUUGGGCCAGAUGUUGUGCUGGUGGAAGACAGGAUGACACUGUCUCAUUUGUAAUAGUAGUGGAACGCAGAUGAAACUCCUUUUUAAAAAACAAAAAACACAAAUGAUAGAAAAACAGCACAAUCGGUUCUGAAAGGCUGUGGCCAGGAUGGACUGAAAUGAACAGGAAAGCUUCCGAGCCAGGGAAACAAAGGUGAUGAUACUGGCUUUUACCUUGGGCUGACAGCCAUGAGAGGAGGUGGGAAGUUUGAGCCUCGGACGGCUCAGUACCCAUAAUGGCAUCAUGGCCGUUGUGGUGUGUCCAUUGCCGGCAGUGGACGUUGCACUGGAUAAAAAAUGGCUCUUGGUGUUGGUGGAAGUGUGUGUGGAAUACAGACACUAAUUUGUGGACUGAUUCUAGAGGGGACAAACGGAGAUGAACAGUACAAUCUUUUCCCCUUCUCUUCCCCACAAACACUCUUAGGAGUUUUCAUCUGAUUCAGGGUUGUAUAUAAUCAGCUGUGAGCUGGUUAGGCGUUUUACUGCUUCUCUAAAGAAAGAGAAAGUGGUGAAUAAAAUAAUUAGUACACUGAACAAUUGCACCCCCUCCAGGGGUGGGAUGUUCUUGUGAAUGCCAUUAGGUGUGGGAGAGGGGACUUCUGCUACUCAGUUGUCCUCUCCUUAAAAAUCUGGGAGAGGGGUUUGCCUUGUAUGUGGUAGUGCUUCAGUAUUAUCACUGAAGUCCUAUCAAAGAUUUAUCCGCAGGGUUGGAGACUGAGGGGAGGACAGGGUGGUUACAAAGCACUUGAUGAUUAAGGGGUUAACAUAAGUUUCCAGAAGAGAUUUCCUUGUGUCCUAUCACUGUUCUCCACUGAUAAGGAAUCUGGCAAGGUCUGACUAGAGGAAAUAUCCUUGCAGUCCUGUGUCCAUAUUAACCAAAUUUUUGUUAUAUUCUAGCUGAGAAGCAGGACAGAAUCUGUCCUUGGAAGCAGGUUCCAUUUAGUCAGCUUGUGCUGCUUACUGUGGACCCUAUUUAAUAGGGGGCAGGGGGGAUUUGAAUUUGUAGCACUGGCAAAAGAGUUGUAUUGCUGAACUUCUCUAGCGAUCAGCAGCUGUGGACAGGGCCCUGAAGCGUGGAGAGAACCUUGAGCCGUGCGCUCUUUCCUCAUCGUCUUGUAUGGAGAGAGCUCCUUGCUGCUUCUGGUCGUUAUCACAGCUCAAUGCUGCUGUUUCUUGCAACGCCGACAGUUUUCCAGUCCCCUCUUCUACCUGGCCUGGCUUGUGGCUGAGCUCGGAAACUGUGAGCAUCUCCCAUAGAUUUUCUUCCUCCCCCAGCUGCUUCCUGUAACCGUCGCUGUGAUGUUCUGACUGGGGUGAUCAUCCUGGAGCCUUCGCUUCUAAUGAUUUUGCCGUAAGAUGGGGAGGGUCUGUGCAGAUUUGCUUUUCGGUGUGGACUUGUAGCACUCAUUUUGUGCUACCCACGAACUCAUUUUGUGUCCUCUCAUCCCUCAGCAGUGCUUUGGUCUGCACUGUAGAUGAGCUUGUGGUCAUAAAACUUGUCACACUUGUGAAAGAUUUAAAUCUGUUGUCUCCAGAAGGGAAGAAGCUUUGUCGUUUUGUUUCCAAAUGUAACAGCUUUGCAUUGAUUUUCUUCAGUUCAGCCAGUGUGGUCCUUAGGAGUGAGGAAAGAGAUCACUUCCUGAAGCUUCCUCGAUGUGUUAGUUGGACUUGAGAGCAGGAGCAGCAAAAUGUCUGUUUAAGAGCUUUUCCCCGAUUUGUCUGUCCAAAUCGUUCUGGCUCUGCAGCAUUGUGGCUGGCAGAUCAAAUAAAGAGCUCUGUUUCCUAGUGCACGCACCUGCUGCCGUACCUGAUCAGAGGUGUGAGUGAAAGAGGUUAUUUAGCAAAUGCAAUUUUGUUUUGUUUAAGUCUUUUUGUCAUUGUCCAAGCAGAGUAUCUUGAAAGCAGAAUGCAACUGUUCACCUGAAAAUUAAUUUUAUGUUCUUCUAGAUCUCUUCUGGACACAGCCACAUCACAGACUUGCCACACAGUCAGGAUUGGGUCUGGAGUAUUUACGGGUGUUGCUAGUCAACUGAAGCGUGCAGACAGCUGUUUGGGCACUGGUGUUAAACUAGUGCCUGUUUAUUGCCGUACCUGGUAAUAUAACGCCUGGUUUAGAAGCCAUGGUCCUUGGCAUAUUUAACCUGCUAUAGUGGUUGUGCCUUGGGUUCCCUUAGAGCACAACUGUUUUGAGUGCACUUAGCUAAUUGUAAGCAUGGGCAAGAACAACUGAGGGAUUACCCUUGUCCCUUGCUGGCUGAGCUAGGAUGUCCUUUGGCUUGCAGUUAGAAUUCAGGGGUCGAGUGAGACGACAUUGGGAGGUGCCGUGGGUAACAGUUAGAUGGUUAGUGAAAGGUUUUAUUUUAAAGCAAAAUAGUUUCAUACAGAGGCAUUUUGGCAUAAAGUGUUUUCCAAGAAACUGAAGAUCAUUUACGCAGAGGGGGGGAGUGCGUGAAGCACGUGAUAGUAUUUGUAGCAUUUUAAAAGCGCGUUCCUUUUGAGCAUCGCUAUUCAUGUGUAAUAUUUGGGAAAGGAUCUACCAGGAUUUGAAAUUUUGAUUUCUCUUUGAUCACUCGCUGAUCACUUGCACUUGAUUUGAUGAUGAGGUCCAAAAAAAUCUUGCUCUCCUUAUGCAGUGAAGUUAGUGUUCAGAGCCCCUGCUUUGUUUGCUCACUGGGCUCUAAGCUGCAGCUCUUGGAGUCGGCUGGGAUUUGGGGGUAAGUUUUCCCACAGUGUGAAUGUCAAAGAGUUAAAGCACUGCGUUGGUUUAGUUGUGAACAGAGGGUGUGGAGGACAGGCGCCUUCAGGAGGAGGAAGCAGGAAAAAGUUGCUUUUUUUUCCUUUUUUUUGACCUGGUGACUUUACUGUACACAUGCUGGAGCUUGGUGUUCUGCAGCAGGAAAGAAUCAAUUCCUCUCUUACCCGCAAUCAGGAAGAUCAGAUUUUGGCCUUGUGAUCAUCUCUGGCAUUUUGGCAGCGAUCGUUCUUUUGCUUGUGUACAGAACCCUGAGAAAUUUUAAAAUCAACUAAGACCAUUGCAAAGGAAAUACAGAGCAGCAUCCACAUGUGAACAGGGUCUACUUGAAUCUCUUGAAAAACAAUAAAAAAAGCAUUGUUUAUUUGUGAGGCAGGUGCUAUGCUCUGUCCAUGAGGUUUUCGUGACGCCUUCUUAUUUUUGUUCUGGAAGAAGCUGUGCGCACUGAUUGGCUGGCUUCAGAUGUUAGAAAAUGGUUGUCAUGGGUAUUAGUAAUAUCGGAGUGCUUGAAGCACAGAAAUCAAGAACUAAUUAAAAAGAGAACAUCAUCAGCUGUCAGCUGUUUAUCUCCUGCUUCUUAAAUCAGCAGUUAGGCUGGAGGAAACCCUGAAAUCUGCUUCUCUUCCAGCAACUAAUGAACUGGAGUGUGUCUUGCCAAACAAACUUCAGUUGAAAAAUAAUAUUUUAUUAAGAAGGUAACUUAUUUGCUGUGUCAGCUGGAGCAAAAUGCUUGAAACAGACCCCCCUCUCGGAGCUGUCAGAGGAUUGCCCUUGGGAGCAGCUGCACAGAUGGAGGUUACUAAUAAGAAAACAGAAUGCAAUCAUGACUUUCCACUUGUAUCCCCCAGGGUCAGAUUCCGCAUAAAGCAACAUUGUGUGAAUAAAGAUUUUAAUAAAGCAACGUUGAUGAA